AGAGAUUGGUGAAAGUGUGAGAGGAGAAGAUGUGUAUAUCAUCCAGAGUGGCUGUGGAGAAAUAAAUGACAACUUAAUGGAACUGCUCAUCAUGAUCAAUGCUUGCAAGAUUGCAUCAUCCUCCAGAGUGACUGCUGUAAUUCCAUGUUUUCCAUAUGCCAGGCAAGAUAAGAAAGACAAGAGUCGUGCUCCAAUCUCUGCAAAACUCGUUGCCAACAUGCUGUCAGUUGCAGGGGCUGACCACAUCAUCACCAUGGACUUGCAUGCUUCUCAGAUCCAGGGUUUCUUUGACAUUCCAGUAGAUAACCUGUAUGCUGAACCUGCAGUGCUGCAGUGGAUUAAAGAGAACAUUUUAGAGUGGAGAAACUGUAUCAUAGUCUCACCUGAUGCAGGUGGUGCAAAAAGGGUUACUUCAAUUGCUGACAGACUGAAUGUGGAAUUUGCUCUCAUUCAUAAGGAAAGAAAGAAAGCAAAUGAAGUGGACAGAAUGGUCUUGGUUGGUGAUGUGAAAGACAGAGUAGCAAUUCUUGUUGAUGAUAUGGCUGACACAUGUGGCACAAUAUGUCAUGCAGCAGACAAGUUAGUGUCUGCUGGAGCUACUAAAGUUUAUGCUAUUCUUACUCAUGGCAUCUUCUCUGGUCCUGCUAUUUCUCGGAUUAAUAAUGCAUCAUUUGAGGCUGUUGUGGUAACUAACACAAUCCCCCAAGAAGAGAAAAUGAAACACUGCCCAAAAAUUCAGUUUAUUGACAUUUCUAUGAUCCUGGCUGAGGCAAUUCGAAGAACACACAAUGGUGAAUCUGUGUCUUACCUGUUCAGUCAUGUCCCCUUGUAACUGCAGGAGAUUAUACUGCAUGUUUGAAAAGGUCCUCUCAGCUAGCACUUUUGGUUUUAAUGUUUCUCAACGUAAGAAAUCAAUAUCUUCGUACAAUUCCAGAGCUUGUAUGUUUAAUUAUUAUAUUUGUCUUAUAAUUACUAUUUGUUCUUUGUAAAUGGGCAAUAAAUCUCUGUCUUGC